CUGUCUGUACCCAACUCCACACCUGCUGACCCCAUUGCCACGGUUGUAUAAGAGUGUGUCCCGCGGGCACGUCCACAGAUGGAGCGGGCACAGGACCCAAAUGCCAUCCCACCGGCCAGGCCCUGGUGCGAGGGACGGCUGCUGGGGGCUGAUGCAUGAUGGCCCACAGCCAGUCUCGGAAGCGAUCGCGAAGCAGGAGCAAAAGCAAUUCUCGGAGCAGACAGGAGAGGAAGGAGAAGAAAAGGAGGAAAAACAGCAAGGACUCACACCGGGGCAGCAGCUCUCCUCCGAGGAAGCGGACCUCUGGGUCUCACAGACACAAGUCAAGCUCAGCGGCAGCUAAGGAAGAAAAGAAGAAGGAAGGAAAGGACAAAAAGAAGAGGAAGGCAAGUACCUCUUCCUCUGAGACAGCAUCUUCAUCCACCAGUUCCUCGUCUUCCUCUUCCUCCAGCUCCUCUUCUGAUGACUCCAGUGACAGUGACUCCAAAACGAAGAAGAGUCGACACAGCAAAAAAAAGCGAGAGAAACAGAAAGACAAAAAGAAGAAGAAGAAGAAGAAACGAAUAAAGAAGAAAUCAAAAAAGAAGUCAAAGGAAAGGGCUAAGGAGGAGAAAGACAAGGGAGAAGUGAUGCCUGGCCCCUCGCUGGAGCAGUGGCAGAAGGAAUCACUGGUGGACUCCGGACCAGUUUUAACAGAUGAACAAAAAUCCCGAAUCCAGGCUAUGAAACCGAUGACAAAGGAAGAAUGGGACGCGAGGCAGAGUGUCAUAAGGAGAGUCGUGGAUCCCGAAACAGGGAGAACCAGGCUUAUUAAGGGAGACGGAGAAGUACUAGAAGAAAUCGUCAGCAAGGAGAGACACAAGGAGAUUAACAAGCAAGCCACCCGGGGGGACGGGCUGGCCUUCCAGACAAGGACAGGGAUGCUGCAGUGAGCAUGCGGGUGCCAGCCAUGCCAGGAGCCUGCCCUGCUGCCAGCGUCAGCCCAGGUGCGAGCCUCUGCCUCUGGACCACGCAGACAGCACCGUGUCAGGAUGCUUCCCCAGGGGCAGUUUCCAGCCGCUCUGUAAGUUAGUGACUGGGAAGGACCUGGCUUUAAUGGUUCAUCUCCCAGUAAACAGCUUCUCCCCUCCCUCUCCUGACUGGGGCCAGCAUAGCUGUAAGGGGCCAGCAUGGCUGUAAUGCACUUGGGCCUGUUCACCCCCUGCCCCUUUCAAGGCUGGAGGAGCUCUGCAGCACCCAGGGAACAGGCUCGCUGGCGCUGAGCACCUAGGGGUGCUGCUGCCGCUCAGCUCUGGGCUUUGGUGGGCCAGAGACCAACACUGUGGCCAAGCCAGGCUACGCACUGGGGCUGCAAAACGUGCAGCUGGCUGCCACUUCUUCCCUUCAGGGGCUGCUCUCGGCCCCUUCCGUGUUGGAUCUGCACGCCCUGUGCUUACCUGGUGCUGCAGGCUCGCAGGCCCUUCCCACUCACCCACCCACUCAGAGACGAGCAGCCGUGCCGCUGCGUGGCUCUGCUCAGGCUGCAUCUCCUCUGCGCCUUCCAGUGCCACCCUCCGCUGGGCCCCAGUGGCUUUCCUCGGACUUUUUGCAGCUUCAUCUCGCCGGGUGGUGCUGGGGGAGCAGGGGCCUGGCACGCUGCACAGGGGGGUGCGGGCAGGCGUGCUUUGCAGAGGGGUGGGUUUGCCUUGCUUGGCUGUUCCUGCAUGCAACUCGUAUCCCUUCCCUCCAGCGCAGGCCCCAGGCAGCGUGAGGGCUCUGGGCUUUUUGCGGCCCGUGCCCAUAGAUGCUGUGAAGCCAACAGCUGGCUUUUCCCCCACUGCAAAGUCCAUACGUCUACAAACUGUUAAAAAAGAAAAAAAAAAAAAGGACAAAUGGUUUAAAGGACAAAUGGGUCAAAGGACAAAUGGGUCCUGCAGGACUGAUCCCUGCAGAGGGUUUCCAUGUUCUGUUCAUUGCUGUAAUCCCAUUAAACUGGCACCUGCUCACGUC